AUGCAGGUCGUCGUCAACUUCUCUGAGACGACGCCGGAUAAGGCUUGCUUGCUCUUGCCUCCAGCCCCUGGCAAAGGACCUACGAUCGUCUCUUUGGACUCGGACAAACUCAACAUUCCCGGCUCGUGGAUGUCGCAGAUACUUCCCGCAUCACCAGGAAGCAUCCACUCCCCGAGCAGCAAAGGUAAUAGCACGGCUUCUUCAAGAGUUGACUCUGUCAAGCCCUCAGACUCGGUCAGCUCCACAGGCUCGAAGCCGGGUCGGAACUCACGCAAAGGAUCCAAGGAUGGACCGGCGAGCAAAUGUCCGGGCGCCAGUGACCAGAACAUCUCACCACUCAUAAUGCUCGGGUCGAGUCAAAUGCCGACAUCAGACAUACCUGGAGUCAUCUGCAAUGUGGGGAGUUUGGGUGAAUCAAGCUUAUCAACGGAGCAGUGCAUCCUGGAGUACACGUCUUGGGACAAGAUCGACUGGUUGACAUUGGAGUUUCCCGUCUAG